AAUGCUACAUGUGCUCUCUUCACACUAUUCUAGCUUAAUAUUCGGCUUGUAUGAGCUAUGCGAUCCCGUCGCGAUACUACCUAGAAACCUACAUAUAUCGUUCGUUCCCUACGGUAUUACUCCCAAUUGCGAGUCUUAAGGGUUAGUUGCGAGGGACGACGAUUAUAUUUUGACUUGGGAGUCAUGCUUUUCAGCUAGACACCAGUUACAGUCAGCAUUGAAAGUCAUAGCCAAAGUCAAAUCGCAAUAUGCCUCGGCCGAGUAUCAUUGAUACCUACCGGCGCCAAGUCACACGAUGCGCUCAACGUGUGCGCGCAUUCUCAGCGACCACUUGUCGCAGAGAGGUUCUCGACGUCUCUUCGCUUCCCGACCGCAUACUGCCCAAGUACAAGGAUAGCCCGACGUCUUCGCUCCUGUCGCUGCAGUGGCCAGAGCCGCCUCGGAAUAUCCUGAUCAUCCCGAAGCUCCACACCCCCAAGGUAACCGAUUCCACCCUCGCCUUUGCGAGCCACAUCUACCAUGAGUACCCCAACCUGAACCUCGUCUUCGAGCGCCGCAUCGCCGCCACCAUCCACGAGUCCCUGCCCUUCCCCAUCUACACCGCCAACCCGGCCACUUUCCCCGCCAAGAUCGACCUCGUGGCCACCCUGGGCGGCGACGGAACCAUCCUGCGCGCCGCCAGCCUCUUCAGUCUCCACGCCUCCGUGCCCCCGAUACUGUCUUUCAGCAUGGGCUCGCUGGGCUUCCUGGGCGAGUGGAAGUUCGAGGAGUACAAGCGCGCCUGGCGCGAGGUCUUUAUGAGCGGCAGCCGUGUCGCGGUCUCCGACUUACAGGAUCCCCACACCCAGUUCGUUGCCAACGGCCGGCCGGACGGGGGGGACGAGAGCCACCUGCACCGGAAUUGGGAGGGUGUUCGCGGGAAGAGCAUGGGCCUGACCCGGUCCAGCAAGAUCCUCUUGCGCCAUCGGCUGCGCGUCGGGCUCUACGAUGCCGCGGGGGUGAACAUGAACGAGCAUCUGAUACCGACCUCGACCGCCGAGCCGGGCCAAGCGACCCCAUCGCCAAUACCACCCGACGUCACACUACCCACCCAGGGCCAGCAGCCCUUCCGGCCCUUCCACGCCGUCAACGAGCUAGUCAUCCACCGCGGCCCAAACCCACACCUCGCCAUCAUCGACGUCUACGUCAACAACCACUUCCUGACGGAGGCCGUCGCGGACGGUAUGCUGAUCAGCACGCCGACCGGAUCGACGGCGUACUCUUUGUCCGCCGGCGGCAGCAUCAUGCAUCCCUUAGUCAAGACGCUGCUGAUCACGCCCAUCUGCGCGCGCAGCCUGAGCUUCCGCCCGCUGGGCCUGCCGCUGGAGACCAAGGUGGUGCUGAAGCUGAGCAAGAAGAACCGCGGGCGCGAGCUCGAGGUCAGCAUCGACGGCAAGCGGCGCGCUGGCGUCACCGUCGGCAUGGAGAUCCGCGUCGAGGGGGAGACCGUGGGCCGCCACGCCGACGGGAGCUGGGCCGGCGGCGUGCCCUGCGUGAUCCGCUCUCCGAGCCGAGGGGAUGGCGAGCGCGACGGGAUCGCUGAGGAUGACGACGGGUGGGUUGGUGGUCUGAUCGGCCUGCUUAAGUUUAACUAUCCGUUUGGCGAUGGGCAAUGACAUGGCAAUGACAUCGUUCAUGUGCUCCAGUUCAUGUGCUCUAUAGAUCUGGCUAAAACCUAGCCAAUACAACAUAACGACCCAAGAUCAAUCGAGGCAGAGCUUCUCUCUUCUAAGCACGAGAGAUUUCCCUUAUAAGAGAUACCCUAGGGCGCAAUGCCUACCUACCAGUCCGAGAUGAAUCAAGAUAUUAGAUCUCGCAUCGGCAAUCACAAACAAAAAGGGCGUAUCAAAAAUAUUCUCGUAUAGAACUAUAUACCAGUUUAUCAAGUCCUAUAGGUCUAUUGACUUUCAAGGUCGUAAUCGAACGAUUAAUGA